UUAAUCUAAUCCGUAGCAUUGAAGAGUUCAGUUCGUUUGAAGAUCUUUCGUUUGAAGAUCACAUAUCGUUGAAGCUUCAGUAGAUCACCAAAAUGUAUAAUAUACAUAAUAAAACUGCAAUGAUUACUGGAGCAGCUCGCGGAAUGGGCUACAAAUAUGCCGAAACACUACUUCGUAAUGGUGCAAAACGUAUCGCUAUCAUCGACUUACCAACAUCGAAUGGUCAAAAUGCAGCAGCUACUUUGGAGAAAGAAUUUGGAAAGGAUCGUGCCAUCUUCAUCGCUUGCGAUAUAACGAAAUCAGAAGAUUUGCAGAAGACGUUCAAGGAAGUCGUCGAUACCUUCGAAAAACUUGAUAUUCUUAUCAACAACGCUGGUGUAAUAGGCAAUAAUUGGGAACGAACGAUUGAUGUCAAUAUGAAGGCACUGAUAGAUAGUUCUUUUUUGGCGAUGGAUUACAUGGGGAAGCAUAAAGGCGGCAAAGGCGGUGUAAUCGUGAAUGUUGCAUCUGUAGCCGCAUUGCAUCCACUUUCUGUUCUACCAGUAUACACGGCUACGAAACAUGGAGUCCUCGGAUUUAGUCAGGCUUUAGCAGAUUUGUACGAUAAGACUGGAGUACGAGUUUUAAUUAUGUGUCCAGGUUAUACAGAGACUGAACUGGGUAAAAAUGACAGAAGCUGUGAUUUUAUUCUCAAUGUAUUAGGUAACGUUGACGACGAAUUCAAGAAUUAUCCAAAACAAUCCAUUGAGCCUGUUGCACUUGCAAUGUUAGAACUUAUUCAAAAAGGUAAAAAUGGAGCUGCUUGGGUCAGCCAAGGUGGACAACCACCUUACGCCGUAGAUUUUGUCCAUUAUUCUAAGCGAGCUGUGCCUGUAUAAAAAUUAUAUUGAUAAUUCUUCUUGGGAGUUAAAAUAAAAUAACGUAAAUAACGUAAUA